AUGGACACGGUGUGGGGAGAGCUGCUGCGGCCCCCAGCAUCGUCCAAGGGUGCCAUUGUGGUGAUGGUGGUGGUGGUGGUGGUUACGCCCAUCCCCACUGGUGGCUUGUGCUGGAAGAUUUUGGACAUGCUGGGCACGGGCAGGAUACCGUUCAAGAUCGGGCAGCCCAAGAAACAGAUUGUACCCAAGACAGUGGAGAGAGACUUUGAAAGAGAAUAUGGAAAGCUUCAGCAAUUGGAAGAUCAGACCAAAAAACUUCAGAAGGAUAUGAAGAAAAGCACAGAUGCAGACUUGGCCAUGUCCAAGUCGGCUGUCAAAAUCUCUUCGGACCUGCUCUCUAACCCCCUGUGUGAACAGGAGCCCAGCUUUCUGGAGAUGGUCACGGCCUUCGACACGGCAAUGAAGAGGAUGGACUCUUUCAACCAGGAGAAGGUGAAUCAGAUCCAAAAGACAGUCAUAGAGCCUUUGAAAAACCCCGGUCUCGGUCAGGAGGAGAAUAUCCAUCGGAAGUACGAGGAGAAGGAGAGGACCGGCCCUGUCCUCGCCAAGCUGCACCAGGCCCGUGAAGAGCUGAGGCCAGUGAAGGAGGACUUUGAAGCCAAAAACAAGCAGCUCCUGGAGGAAAUGCCCAAGUUUUAUAGCAGCCGCAUCGAUUACUUCAAGCCCAGCUUUGAGUCGCUGGUCCGGGCGCAGAACGGGUGCGUGCUGGCAGUGGUAGAGGAGGCUGCCGUGCUCCACACCAAGGAUUUGCAGGAAGGGGUGGCCUAA